AGAGAGGAGGUCCUUACAGACUUUGGUAUGGUUUUGCUGUUGUCUGCCCGUCUCUGCAGUUGGCACUAAGCCCAGCAGUUUCCUGUUUAGUUUAGUUUCGUUUCGUUUCUCGCAGACUGGCUAGAAGGGUGUUGUUUCUGAAGCCAUGGCAGAGGCAAAGGAAGAAUUCAGAGCAUCUGCUGACCUGGAAGAUGAGCUCAGCUGCCCUAUCUGUCAGUGCUUCUACAGGAACCCCGUCUCCCUGAGCUGUCAACACAGCUUCUGCAAGGAGUGCAUCCAGAAAGCACUGGCUGCCCAGCAGCAAGCCAAAGCCACCUACUUCUGCCCUAUGUGCAAGGUCCAGCUGGGGCCCUUUCUGGAGCUGCAUAAGAACUUCCAGCUCUGCAGCAUAGUGGAGAAGUUCCAGACCACCUCUUCAAAGGGAAAGCAGGGCAAGGAGAAGGCCUCUCCGCAAGGGAAGGAGAUAAUCCCCUGUGAUUUCUGCCUGGACCAGCCUCACACAGCAGUGAAAACCUGUCUGACCUGUGAGGCAUCUCUGUGUCAGGCCCACCUGAGCAAACACAAUGCCAAGGCUGCACAGAAGGAUCAUGUCCUGAUAGAACCCAGUGACAACAGCUCUCUGCAGGAGAGGAAAUGUGGCGAGCAUGGCAAGCUGCUAGAGUGCUACUGUGAAGAUGACCUGGUCUUUGUCUGCAUGAUGUACUCUAUCACAGACUCCCACAAGGGCCACAACAUUGUCACCCUGAAGCAGGAGUACGACAAGGAGCAGUUCAAUAAGAAAACUUUGAAUGCUCAGCUGUCAAACCUCUUCAAAGAGAUCAAGGCGGAGGUGGAUCAGAAGGAGAAGCAGAUCCUGGCUGACAUACAAUCCAGUGAGAAAAAGCAGCUGUCAGACAUUGCCACACUGAAGAAGCAAACAGAAAAGAAGAGAGAUGAGGCUGUGAAGGGUCUUCAGAACCUGCAGAUGCUGAGAGCACGAACAGACCCUUUCCACUUCCUCAGAGAAUUUAAACUGAUACAAGACAGGAUUAAUAAUCAGGAUUUCAGCACUGACAGUAUGGAAGUAUUAGCAUUGCAGCUGGAUCAGGCAACAUUUGCAGGUGUUAGAAGCUGGACACAGCAGUAUAUGUCAAACUUAGAUUCACUGAUGCAAGUGGUGCACAGUCAAUUCAUUAACCAAACACAGAGGAACAGUGCAACUUGUGUUUUAAUGGGCGUUGAUAUUCAGUGUUGUCUCCUGACAUACAGAGCAGCUCCAGACUUCAGAGAUCGUUUCUCUUAUCAAGAACAUACAAUGAAAGGAAAGCAUGUGGUGUCUGAAAUAGUGGUUCCCAGCAAGGCACAUGAUUCCCAGAAGUAAUAGAGACAUGAAAAAGUUGGGGAAACUGAGACAAAGAAAUAAAGUUCAACAUUUGCAAAAAUGUCCAUCAAUUCUGGGUACUUUUCCAGUGUCCCUGCCAGAAAAACUUUCUACAGCAAAUAAAAAUAUAGAAUAUGAAUGCAAAGAAUUAAACAUGAAUGCAGUAAAAAACCCAUGUUGCUUGGCCUGCUCCCUUUCUCACUAACACAUUGAAUGGCUUGUUUCAGAGUAUUUAUCCACCAAGCUAUAGUCGUGUCACCAGUGAUGUCUGACUAAAUAGUGGCUGUCUGUGCGUAAGCUUUUGACUUCUGUUCAAUGUGUUUUGAAGUAAUCAAAUAAAUGAUUAAAAAUCUGUAAA